AUGAAGUUCAACGAAGUCAGAGAUGCAACUGAGUGCUUUUCUAUAGACAAUGCCAUUGGGAUGGGGAAGAUUGGAAUAAUGUACGAGGGCAGGCUCCCCAAUGGUUGGAACCUUGCCAUUAAGAGACUAUUCGAUUCCAAACAAUACAAGAGACAGUUUCUUUUGGAAAUAAGAAUUCUGGGUAAGUACAGACACAGAAAUAUAGUUCCCCUACUUGGGUUCUGUGUCGAAAAAAAUGAAAGGAUUUUGGUAUACCAAUUCAUGUCAAAUGGAAGGCUUUCAAAAUGGUUGCAUCCUUUAGAAAGUGAAGUUACAUUGAAAUGGCCUCAGAGGAUCAAAAUAGCACUUGGAGUAGCAAGAGGCUUAUCAUGGCUCCAUCAUGUAUGCAGUUUGCAUGUGGUGCAUCUCAAUAUAAGUUCGGAGUGUGUCUUGCUAGACCAGAAUUUUGAACCAAAACUAUCCAACUUUGGAAAGGCCAAGUUUUUGAAUCCCAACAUUGAGGACGGUGCAAGCACAAUGUUUUACGUGAGUGAUGGAAAGAAGGAUGUCCAUGACUUUGGUAGUUUGCUCUUUGAGCUACUCACAGGGAAAACAUUGAAGGCGUUGUCGUGUUCGUUCAAUAUUACUAACCUAUCUGGAAACCCUUCAAACAUUUUUAACGCAAUUGAUGAAUCUCUGGUAGGGGAAGGUUUUGAAAACGAAGUCUGCACUCUCAUCAAAGUUGCAUGCAAGUGUGUUCAGCCUUUCGCAGAUGAAAGGCCAACGAUGCUUGAAGUUUAUAACAUGAUGAUCGAUAUAUGGGGGGAACGACAUAGAUUUAGUGAUGGUUCUGAUGCACUCAAUCUAUCUAUUUCUUCUGCUAGUGUAGACGAAAUCGUGGAGCUAUAG